CAUAUUUCUUUCUAUCAAAACUUUUGCAUUUCCUUCAACUUAUAAUAAAUCUAAUUUAAUAUGCACUUACAUAUCGUAUCCUUCAAUACUUUUCUGAGAAAACUAGUCAUUUUAUGUUAUAGUAAAAGUUGAAAUUAUAUUUUGAACAACAUACUUUUCACUAUCCUCAACUUUUGUUUGCAGCAAGCCUACAAUCAUUUUGUGAUAUUAUUUACAAUAUUUAUGUGGAUUCUGAGAAUGUGAAACAAAUGGCUAGACACUCGUGAAUAAUUUGUGCAUGCUUGCGCAUAAUUUUUAUGUAUCUUUUAGUUUAUCGUAAACGUGCAUAUACGUAAGUUUUUUAGUAAGAUUAGUCUUCAGUAAAUUUGUUUUCUGGUAAUAGUGAUGCGUAUUUGUGAAAAUUACGUGAUUUUAUAAAUGAAAAGUAUAGUUUAAAAAUAUAUAAGCGAAAGAAUACAAAAUCUGCAUAGAAUGCUUGUAUUAAAUACGCUUAGCCCAUCUGUUAAAUUCGGCCUUCAUUUUGCUGGUAUUUGGCCUGGAACACCAUUUCCAUAUUUACAUAAGUUAGGUUGGCUGGCAGUAAUGGCUGUACUUCAAAGUUAUCAGUAUAGAUAUAUAGUAAUGCAUUAUAAAUCUGAUAAUCUCAUGAGUAUAAUAGAUAAUUUAAGCAUAGCUAUGCCGUUCAGUCUAGUGUUUAUCAAAUUAAUUGUUACUUGGGUGAAUUAUGGCGUGUUUUGUGAUAUUUUAUCAACUAUGGAAAAGGAUUGCCAAAAAUAUGCUGUUAUAGACAUAAAUAAUUUAAUAUCGAAAACGAGACAAAUCUCUUUUUAUAUGACAACUAUUGUCAUGUCUUCAUAUUUAGUAUCUGCUGCUUUUUAUAUUACCGGUACUUUAGCUAUUCAAAGAACUAAUGAUUCAAUACCUCGAGAACUUCUUUUCAAAAUGGAUUUGCCUUUUGAAACCAAUGAAUCUCCAAAUUAUGAAUUUGUAGUAACUUCGCAACUUCUUAUUCAUAUAUCAGCAGCUCUUACGUUUGGAACAUUCAGUGCUCUACUUCUAAUGGUGGUUCUUCAUAUAGGAUGUCAAAUUGAUAUUUUCUGUCAAAAUUUAUUAGAUAUUCCUCAUAUAUGUGCAAGUCAUUUAAAGUUUUUUAUUAUCAGACAUCAAGAAAUCAUUAUUUUUGCAGAAAGAAUUGAAAAACUGUUUACAUAUAUAGCACUUAGUCAACUUGUAUCAAAUACUUUAAUUACUUGCUGUGUAGGAUUCCUUAUUGUAAUUGCAAUACACGAGGAUAAUGGUUUUCUAUUAUUACUCAAAUCUGUUUUAUUUUAUAUGGUAAUUUGUUUAGAAGCAUUUAUAUAUUGUUUUGCUGGUGAAUAUCUUCGUAUUAAGAGCAAAUUAAUCGGCGAUACAGCUUAUGAAUUUCUUUGGUAUGAUUUACGACCAAAUGAAAGACAACUUUUAAUACCUGUUAUACUAAGAUCUCAAAAAGGUUUCACAUUUACUUUUGGAAAAUUUUCAAGUCUUUCCUUAGAAAGUUUUACAGGUAUUAUGAAAAUUUCGGCAUCAUAUAUAUCAGUACUUCUCGCAGUGUAUUAAAAAAUAUAAUUAUAUCGUAGUAAAAUUAUCAUAUAGUUUAUAUUAACUAAAAAUA